UUAUCGCUGCACACACAUGGCCAGCCAUUCAGUUUGUUUUUAAUUUUGACAUCUUCCUCCGCAGCGUGCAUCUUUGCUUCUGCAAAUUGUUGCGCUCGUUUUUAACAGGAUUAUUCAGCCUAAUUUUUUUGAAGCUGGUUGAAUACGUAAUAAUUGAGGAGAGCGCGGAUUCAGUGGAGGAAAGUGUGGUAGCGUAGGCGGAUUUUCUGAGCUUGCUUGACGUCGGAGAGCCUCUUCUCUUAUUCGAGAGCCACGUUGGCUCUGAAGAUCUCCGCUCGUUGUCGCUCUUGCUCCCUGUGUAUCCCUGUGAUCGAGUGUAACUCACCUGCCCAACCAUGAACGCUCGCGGUCUGGCUUUUCUGUGCGUGGUGGGAUGCAGUCUGCUGACUGCACGCAGUCUGGCCGAGGAAGACAACUCCAACAGCCUCAACAUCCCCGACGACCUCAAGAUCGAGACACUCUCCAAACCGGAGCCCUGCGAACGACAGGCCGCUGAUGGCGACAUGUUGGUCAUGCACUACACGGGAUAUCUGGCCAAGGACAACACCAAGUUCGACUCCAGUUACGACCGCCCGUCGCCGUUCACCUUCCAGCUGGGCCGCAAACAAGUGAUCCCCGGCUGGGACAUGGGCCUACUGGGCAUGUGCAAGGGCGAGAAGCGCAAGCUGACCAUUCCGCCGGAGCUGGCCUACGGGGAGCGCGGCGCCGGCAACCUGAUCCCGGGCGGCGCCACGCUGGUCUUCGAGACGGAGCUGGUGGACAUCCACGACGCGCCGCCGCAGCAGAACAUCUUCAAGGCCAUCGACGCCGACGAGGACCUGCGCCUCUCCCGCACCGAGAUGUUCAACUUCAUCGAGGCCCAGAUCGAGCAGCACCAGCAGGGCGGCACGCAGGAGCUCGACACCGACAAGAUCAUCGCCGACAUCUUCCAGAACGAGGACGCCGACCAGGAUGGAUACAUCUCGCACGAUGAAUUCCGCGGACCAAAACACGACGAACUGUAGUCACUGCGCGGUGUGCGUGCCACGAUUUUUGUGCCUUAAUGUUUUUGUAAUUGAUUGCUCUAGUUCUUCCCGGAUCUUGUUACCGUUUUUUAGCCUUCUAACCCGAAUUGUUAAUUUAAUUUAUUGCUGUUUACUUCACGUUCACUUCACCCGGUACAUGACAGAUUUGUUUUUAUCACACACUUUGUUAACUCAAACUGAAUGCAAGAUGCAAUUAAUGGUUGUUGCCUUGGUCGAAUGAAACGCGAAUACGAUG